CCCUUAACGAAACACCACGUUUUCGCGCGCUGGUCACACUAGAACACUCUGAAACGUAAACAUCUGUCGCGUUGCUGUUGUUUGUGAAUCAAAAAAUAAAAGGAGAAAACCAAGAAAUAGAAGCCGGAGAAUGACUCGCCACGCCAGGAACUGUACGGCCGGAGCCGUCUACACGUACAACGAGAAGAAGCGGGAUGCGGCGGAGUCCGGAUACGGGACGAAUGCCCAGAGGCUGGGGAAGGACUCGGUGAAGUCCUUCGACUGCUGCUCCCUGACGCUGCAGCCGUGCCGGCGGCCGGUCAUCACCAAGGACGGCUACCUGUUCGACAAGGAGGCCAUCCUGCAGUACAUCGUCACCAAGAAGAACGAGUACAGCCGGCGGCUGAAGGAGUACGAGCGCCUCCGCAAGGCCGAGGAGGACGAGGUCAGUGUGGAGGCCAACAAGAAGCAGGAGGCCCGCAUGGAGAAGUUCGUGAAUGGCGAGAAGCCGGCCAUGACUCCGGCCCAUCGCUCCGAUCUCCAGCCCUCCACCUCGAGUGCCGCCAGUUCCUCUGCAUCCACAUCCACAUCCGCCACCUCCACACCAUCGUCCUCCUCCAUUUCCAACAUGACCAAUGGCCAUGAGAAGAAGCUGCCCAGCUUCUGGCUGCCCUCCGAGUGCCCCAAUGCCGGUGUGGCCAAGGCCCAGAAGCCGGAUGCCACCAUCUACUGUCCAGUUUCCCAGCAGCCCCUGCGCGUCAAGGAUCUGAUCGACGUGAAGUUCACCCUGCUGCGGGAUGGGGACACCAAGAAGUCGCUCAUCGCCAAGGAGGCCCGCUACAUGUGCCCCAUCACCCACGAUGUCCUCAGCAAUGCCGUGCCCUGCGCCGUCCUCCGACCCACGGGCGAUGUGGUGACCAUGGAGUGUGUGGAGCGACUGAUACGCAAGGACAUGAUUCACCCGCUCACCGAUAGGAAGCUCAAGGAGAAGGACAUUAUUCCGCUCCAGAGGGGCGGCACCGGAUAUGCCACCACCAAUGGCAACCUCCAGGGCAAGGAGAAGCGCCCCAUGCUCCAGGUCUAGAGAUGAUUUUAAAAGCCACUUCCGUCGUGUGUCUGACAUGUUUCAGCAUGAAUUUAUCGCGUUUAAUCAUGAAUAUAUCUUGUUAUUCAUGAAUCUAUCAUAAUACUAUCGAGUUUAGUCAUGUUCCAUCAGGACUAUAUCUUUUUAUUCAUGAAUUCAUAUUUCUAUCGUGUUUAACUAUGAUAUCAUGUUUUAUCAUGAAUAUAUUCAGUUUGAUCAUGAAUUUAUCUUGUAUUCAUGAGUCUAUCAUGUUUAUUCAUUAAACUAUCUUGUUUUGUGACCAUGAAUCCAUGAAUCCAUCAAGUGUACUCUACAACAAUAGAAGCAAUAGUGUCAUGAGCCAGCCUAUCUGGUCUGAUCAUGAAUCUAUAAUUUUUAAUCAAGAUUAAUCAUGAUUCAAUCGUAUUUUAUCAUUUUUCAUCAUGAAUAUAUCAAGUUUCAUCAUGAUUCUUAAUUUUUUAUCGUGAAUAUAUUUUUUGAUUCAUGAAUCUAUACUGUUUUAUGCGUUACUUUGAACGUUACUUGCUUCUCAUGAUUCUAUUAAUCAUGAAUAUAUCAUUUUAUUCAUUUAAUCAAGAUUAUCAUGAAUAAAUCCGGUUCAACCAUGAUUCUAUCGUAUUUCUUCCAGAAUAUAUUAUUUUUCUUUUUUUUUAACUUAUUCAGUUUUAUCAUGAGCCAUGUCUAUUUUGGUAAAUAAUGUUUUAUCAUGAAUAUAUCUUGCUAUUCAUAAUUCGAUCGUGUUUAUUCAUGAAUCUAUUAUGUUUCAUCAUGAAACCUAUCACGUGUACUCUACAAAAAUAGCCAUAAUUGUUAGACAAAUAUAUGUAUCAUAUAUAUACUACAAUAUUCCGAAUAAAUCCAGGCAUGCACCCAUAAAAAUACA